GGCAGCAUUCUCUGUAUUAACUCUCACGAAUGGUAGAUUGUAUUUGCUGCAUUGACCCUUUGCUACUUUCACUGCAACCCUUUGAGUCAUACAGGAAAAGUCCUUGCAAAGUCAAGAACCCCGCUGAAUUGCUAAUAGGGGUAGGUUUUAUGGAUAGCUCCUAUUUUGUUCCCCUAAAUUGUCAUUCUCAAUGUUUCGAUGGUGUAUUUCAAGUUCGGUCUCCACCCCAUCAGUCUAUUAACAACUGCGGCACCAAGAAGCUAUUCAUGGCCCUGCAAAUCACCCGCUCCCUCUCACAGCAAAACCACCAAGCCUGGGUGCAAUAGCGUGAAAGCCGGAAGGGACAGAAUUGGGCACUUGUAGCGCGAACACUGUGGCUUCACUUUCGCACGGUUGAGGGACAUUUGCAAGAGGCCGCUCGCUUCAGCCUUGUUGACCGUAUCCUUCGUCUGCUUCUCUACACGGUAAGAAAUGAGAUGUUUAUAAGCUAUAACCCUGUCGUAUCUACUGUCUACAAAGAAGUCUCAACGAAUAAUUAAAAAAUCAACUAAUUAAGAACACAGAGAAUUCGUCCUAUUGGCUGAUGCUGAAUCUGUCAGCUCUUUUUUUGGCAUUGGAACACCUUGAAAUGCCAAAGUGAAUGAAACUGGAUGCAGAAACCGAACGAGACAGCGAGGAAAUAUUUUAUCUGUGGCACCGUCGUGCCACAAUGAAUUCCAUCUUAUUGCUGGCUGUUCGUCUGGUGAUUCUGUGCAAUCUGGUGUCUGCAGAUUCAACCCAAGUGCGAUUGGUCGCUGGGAAUGACUCUUGUUCGGGGAGAGUGGAGGUGUACCACAACAACGCUUGGGGAGCAGUCUGUGAUAAUCAUUGGGACAUGCUGGAUGCGAGUGUUGUUUGUAGGCAAGUGGAUUGUGGACCCGCCAAAUCAGCUCCUGGAAGCGCCCAUUUUGGAGCAGCAAAUGGUUCCUUCUGGUUGGAUGAUGUUGAGUGCAAAGGGACCGAGAUUAACUUAUUUCUUUGUCGAGCCAAGUCAUUGGGGGAACACAACUGCCGUUCCAGCGAGGCAGCCUCGGUUAUAUGUUCAGACUCCAUCCAAGUGCGAUUGAUCGCCGGGAGUGACUCUUGUUCAGGGAGAGUGGAGGUGUAUUAUAACAACAUUUGGGGAGCAGUCUGUGAUGAUAAUUGGGAUAUGCUGGAUGCGAAUGUUGUUUGUAGGCAAGUUGGUUGUGGACCCGCCAAAUCAGCUCCUGGAAGCGCCCAUUUUGGAGCAGCAACUGGUUCCUUCUGGUUGGAUGAUGUUGAGUGCAAAGGGACCGAGAGUAACUUAUUUCCUUGUCGAGCCAAUUCGUUGGGGAAACACAACUGCGGUUCCAGCGAGGCUGCCUCGGUUAUAUGUUCAGAUUCGAUCGGAAUGCAAUUGGUCUCUGGGAAUGACUCUUGUUCGGGGAGGGUAGAGGUGUACUACAACAACGCUUGGGGAGCAGUCUGUGAUCAUAAUUGGGACAUGCUGGAUGCUAGUGUUGUUUGUCGGCAAAUGGAUUGUGGACCUGCCAAAUCAGCUCCUGGAAGCGCCCAUUUUGGAGCAGCAACUGGUUCCUUCUGGUUGGAUGAUGUUGAGUGCAAAGGGACCGAGAGUAACUUAUUUCCUUGUCGAGCCAAGUCGUUGGGGGAACACAACUGCAGUUCCGGCGAGGCAGCCUCGGUUAUAUGUUUAGACUCAAUUCAAGUGCGAUUGGUCGCUGGGAAUGACUCUUGUUCGGGGAGAGUGGAGGUGUACCACAACAACGCUUGGGGAGCAGUCUGUGAUCAUAAUUGGGACAUGCUGGAUGCGAGUGUUGUUUGUAGGCAAGUGGGUUGUGGACCCGCCAAAUCAGCUCCUGGAAGCGCCCAUUUUGGAGCAGCAAAUGGUUCCUUCUGGUUGGAUGAUGUUGAGUGCAAAGGGACCGAGAGUAACUUAUUUCCCUGUCGAGCCAAUUCGUUGGGCGAACACAACUGCAGUUCCGGCGAGGCUGCCUCGGUUAUAUGUGCAGAGCCGAUCCCAUUGAGACUGAUGGAUGGGGUGGGGGCUUGUUCCGGGAGACUGGAGCUGUACUAUAACCACACGUGGGGAUCAGUUUGCGACGAUUAUUGGGACUUGCUGGAUGCGAAUGUUGCUUGCCGGCAAAUGGGAUGCGGAUCCGCCAAAUCAGCGCCGCAAAGCGCCCAUUUCGGACCGGCAACGAGUCCUUUCUGGCUGGAUGAUGUUAAAUGCAAGGGGAGAGAGAGGAACUUAUUCCAGUGUCAAGCAAAUUCGUUGGGGGAACAUAAUUGCGGCGCUGGCGAGGCGGCGUCUGUUAUAUGUUCAGGGCCGAUUAAAAUGCGACUGAUCGAUGGAAUGGGCCCUUGUUCGGGCAGAGUGGAAGUUUAUUAUAACAACACCUGGGGAGCAGUCUGUGCUGACCAUUGGGACAUGCUGGAUGCACAAGUUGCUUGCAGGCAAAUGGACUGCGGAUCCGCCAAAUCAGCCACUCGCGUUGCCCAUUCUGGAGCAGGGUCUGGACCCCUUUGGCUGGGCGAUGUCGAGUGCACAGGGACUGAGCUGAACAUAGUCGAGUGUCAGAUGAAUCAGUGGGGAGAGCACAACUGCGACACAGGAGAGGCAGCAACCAUUGUGUGCACAGGUCACCAUUUGGUGGAAGGACCAAUACGCCUCUGCCUUUCUGUUGUGUUGCUGGUCUUGAUUGUAAUUUUACUGAUCACGCAACUGAACACAAAUCACAGGAGCAAAAGGAGCACAUUGGAAAAAUCUCAUCCCCGAUUCGUGGAAGAUUCUGGAGUGUCCUCAAGCACAGCAGACAACCUGUAUGAAGAAAUCAGCCUGUAGCUAAUGAUAUCACACAAUCCGCUGGUGCUUAUCGAGUGAUCAAGUUGAGUUACGUGAUUCAUGAAAGGUGCAAUUUGGGAUUGAACUCAUCGACAUUGGAACUCCAUAAACAACACGUCACAUCAUUCUACUUAGAAAGUUGAAUGCUUGGUUACUAUUUCAUAUUUAAUAUGCCUCUGCAAGUAUUUUGCUGCAUACUUUCAUUCUGCUUUGAUGUCUUGGCACAAUGUUCUAUGAAUGGAUUGCACUCUUUCCAUGAAAACUGAAAGCAAGCUACUGAGAACAUUGUAAGCCCCCAGCAUCACAACGCCACUUUCUUACCCUGCCUGUCAAAUCAGUGGCAAUGUCCUCCUGGAUCUGCAAUUUGUACCAUUAUAGCAAUUUAAUGGUAACUAAGAAGGCCAACCUGCAGGACACAUACACAGGCAGACAGGGACAC